AUGAGACUGACCCUACAAAAAUAUGACCUGCUGGUGAAGUACACUCCCUGUAAAGAGCUGUACAUUGCAGACACGCUGUCAAGAAACCCUUCGAAGGAGGAAGAGUCGGAAGUCUUCGAGGUGAAUGUCUUGGAGUGUCUCCCUUUAAGAGAUGAAACACUGGAAGAAUGUCGUCAAGCAAUCAGCAGGGACAAGGAUCUGAGUACCAUGCUGCAGUAUGCAAAGAGCCAGUGGCCGAGCAACAAAGAAGACAUUCCAGAAGAGAUGAAGAGCGCCAGCUUGGCAAGGCUUCACAAAGCGCACAGCGGAGUAGAGAAGACGCUCCAUCGUGCUAAAGAAGCUCUCUACUGGCCUGCAAUGCAGAAUGACAUCAAGCAGGUGGUAGAAAAUUGCAGUGUGUGCAAGGAACACAAGCCGAGGCAAUAG